UGCCUCCACUAACUAAAUAUAUUUCCUCCCGUUGGUUUAUGUUUUCAGUCACGUUUUUGCUUUUAUUUCUAAAGUUAUUUAGUUUCCAACAUAAAUUUUAAACUAUUUUCUAAUUUACAUCUCCUAUAAAUGCACAAUCUAAUUAUCAUUACUUUUAGGAUUUCAAGUCAUACAAUAAUAUAUAAAUCUAUGAUAUUAUUCUUUUUACUAUAUCUUGUUUUCUUUCAUCAUUUUUGUUAAUUAUUAUUGAAUAACUAUUUCUUGGAAUGUAUAUUUACUUUUAAGGAUAUAAAUUAAAGAGUAAUCACAUAUUUUAUAAAGGAAAACCAUUUUAAACUAACGUCUAUAUAUUCCUAUACAAUAUUUGAUAUAAUAUCGUCUAAUGGGUUACCUAUCCUCAGUUGGCUUCUCACCUCUCAUCCAAACCCUUUAAGUUGGGUAUAUCAACGUCGAUUUCGACUAUUUCAAGCUCUUUAGAGCUACCGUUUCAGGGUUACAAGUGAAGCGUAUCUAAGGGUUCCUUUACUUUGAGCACGUCUCUCCCUUUAACAUUGUUUUCUCAUGUUUUGUUGUAGUACUUUUAGUAUUCAUUUUAUAGUUGAAUGUUCCUCCGGUUGUAGUUCUUUAAGCCUUUAGGCCUUUAAUAUAUUGUGUUUCAAAAUAUAUAUAUAUAUAUAUAUAUAUAUAUAUAUAUAUAUCUAUAUAUGUAUAUAUAUUUAUAUUAGUUUUAAUUGUAGGUUCCUAAAAACUAUGGAAAAUCUAACCGAAGUAUCUAAAAUUAGAUAUUUAAUUUUCAGUUAGAUUUUCCAUAGUUUUUAGAAAUCUGUAAUGAAAUAUUAAUAUAAAUAUAUAAUUACAUAUAUACAUAUAUUAAGAAUUGUUUGGAUAGAACCCCCAUUAAAAAAAUACUCUAAUGUAAUUACAUAUUUUAUGAGUAGUAUUUGGAAGUAUGUUAUACCCAUCCCACCAGAUUUAUCCCACAGAGGGGUUAACUAUUUUAUGAUUCAGAAAACUUAAUCUGCAAAGUGAAAAUAUAACACGCAUCUAUCUCGUUUAAAUUUGCGGAGAACCUACAAGAGCCGUUUACAUAUUACUUAUAAUUUUUUUUAUAAGUAAUAUGUAAACGGAUAUUGUAGAUUUUCCGCAAGUUUAAACGAGAUAAGAUGUGUGUUAUAUUACUUAUAAUAAAAUAAUUAUUUCAUAUAUUUUUAAUUAUACUUUUAUCAGAAUAUAUUAUAUAGUUAUAACUAAAGUUAUAUAGAUAGUUAUAGUUUAACAUAUGAUUUAUGUGUAUAAAUAAUAAUUUACGGGAUGAUGUAUAUCCAUAAUUCAAAUUUGAUCGACAAUGGACAUGCAUCAGCCUAAAUUAUAAUUAGACCAAUCGUACGAAGUAGAUCCAGAUAGAACGAUUUUAAAUAUAUGAAAUAUAUGAAAAAUAUAUAUAUAUAUAUAUAUAUAUAUAUCUCCUAUACAUUAAAACAGAAGUCACUUUAGUGAUUUUUGCUGAGGUGGCACUCAUAUAGAGCUUCUCAGGAAAAACGAAUUCUAUUGGUUGGUUUUUUUGAAUUUCUCUUUUUCAUUUUUUUUUUCAUUCCCCUCCGUGUUUUCUAAAACGCCGUCGUAUGUCCUGAAUUUAUUCUUUUUUUUUCAAUCGCGUAUCAAUGGAAGCUCUAUAUGGUUUCGAUCCGAUGAAGAGAGUCCGACCAAAGGAAUUUGCUACUCCCUACUCUGCUACUUCAAUCAUAUCCAUCGCGAACAUCAACGAUAACCAGACGAGGUUUAGUUUGUCGAUACUCUCAGAAUUUACGGUUUUUUUGGUUUAUCUGAUUGGAUUCGACUUUUAAGCUAAUUGGCGAAGAUUUUUUUGGAUUCUCUGAUUGGAUUCGACUUUUAAGUUAUGAUACAAAGAUUGUUUGAUUUCUCUGAUUGGAUUCGACAUAUAUUAAGCUGUAAACUACGAUCUGCUUAUUAAAAUUUAGAAUAUUUGUAUCUAAUUGACUGAUUAACCUUCUUGCUGUUGAGGUCUUGAUUCUCUAGAACCAGACAAUUGCCACGACCAGAGAUGUCGUACGCGGACUGUCUACUGAUGGAACAAGAAGAGACAACUGACAUUUACAAGAAACUUGCAUUCGACUUCAGUCUCUGACUCAGGACUGUAAGAUUAUCUUCUCCUUAAUAACUCAACCAGCAUUUAGACAGUCCUCUCUUGAGAUAUUCAAGUUUGGUUUUUUUGUUUCAUUAGCACGAUUUAGAGCUUCACAUUACUAAUUCCGAUAGUCUGUUGCAUCGCUAAUUGCUAUUCGAUUUAGAGGUUCACAUUACUAAUUUAGUCUGUCGGUUUCAUUCCUUACGGUUUCCGGUCUGUUGGAUUUCGGAUUUUCAAGUUUGCUUUUAGUUUAAUUAUGGGAAAAAAUAUGAAUAGCCCAUUUAAAAAAGGCCUAAUAUAUUGUCGAUAGAUGUUAAGCCCAUAUAAUUAGAUAACUUGCGCAAGAUUGUAAACUAAUUUUCAUAUUAAUAACUUUCCUUAUUAUUCGAAUCAAUUACUUGCGCAAGUUAUUUUCGUAUUUAUUACAUUACUUGUGCAAGUUAAAAUCAUAUCAUAUGCAAAUCAAUUUAUGACAAUACACAAUUAAAAUAUUUCUUUAAACGAUUUCAAUCUUUAUUAGGGGUCAUUAAUAUGAUAAAUAAAUCGGCUUAAUAUAUAUAUGAGAAACCCGAAUGGUUAAAAUACAAACAUUCAGCUCUAACAAAAACAAUGGCAAUGGUGCGAGCCAAAAAAAAUAUUGUUUCUUAUGUGAGAGAAUUAAAACCCCGUAAAGAUACGUCCCGUAUUGAAGUUAGGAUUGUUCGCUUAUGGAGAAACUAUAACAAAGAAUCCGGAAACACCAUUGAAAUAGUGGUUGUUGAUAAAGAAGUAAGUAUACAUCAUACAACAUGGAUUUAUGAAAGAAGCAUCGUUUAUAUACUUAUUCUGCGUUUAUAAAACUCUUAUAAUUUUUGUGACCAGGGGACAAGAAUUCAUGCUUCAGUUGGUGAACAACUCAUCAAAAAAUUCGAUGACAAGCUACGAGAGGGAGAUGCGAUUGUCCUCCAGUUGUUCAAAGUGUACGAUGCAACUGGUGAAUACCGUACAAUGCCACAUCCUUACAAAAUUGGCUUCUUUCCAACAACUUUUGUUGGAAAAACUGAUGAUUUUCCAAGUGCAGUUCCCGAAAAGUAUUUCGCGGACUUUUCUGAUAUUCUUGGUGGAAAUUUGGAUCAUAACUGUUUGGUUGGUGAGUUAGUUUCUUACGCAGUUAAAGAGUCUUUCACUUUGUAGUAACUUGUUUCUGAUUUGACACUUAUUUUUAUUAUGUAGAUGUGGUUGGCCAAAUAGUUAACGAGGCUCUCUGGAAAACAAAAUAAUAAAAGUAAAAGACAACAUGAAGCUCUUGGUUGAGUUGCGUGACCCAAAGUAAGACCCGGUUUUUAAUCUUAGUUAUACUUUGCUAGCUAAACCUCUAUUAACUGUAUUUAACUUAAGUUUAUAUUAUACAUUAAUGUGAAGAUGAUGUGUACUCUGUGGGGUUUUUAUGCUAAACAAGUAUACGAUUACAGUAGGAGUAACAUGUCCACCAUGAUUAUUUGUGUUAUCAGAUUAUGUUCUGUUAAAGAGUGGAAAGGUAUAUAAUUGUGUUUCAAUUUGUGUAAAAUAAUUGCGAGCAUAACAUAUGAAUAAGAUCAAUAUACUUUGUAGGUGCUUACUCCAUAUCUAGCGGGUAUAAUUCAAUCCAUAUUCUGCUCAACCCAACACUUGAUUUUAUUGAGGAGUUCAAAUCAAGGUACGUGUCAUGCGUCUUACGUUCCAGACCUAUGGAGGAGUUCAAUACAUAUAGAUGUUUAUUUUAAUUUGUGAACGUCAUUUUCACUGACGGGAUUUUAAAUUAUGUGUGAUUAUUUGUGAUGGCAGUCUCCCUGAUGAUUCACUUGCUCUUACAAACAACGAUAGUAGCCAAUGGUCUGUUGGUACUGCUACUUCUAUUCGUGCCAGGUUUUUUGUUCUUAAUGAGAGGCUAACCAUCAGAGAGAUCAUUGACAAUACUCUGGUUGACACUUUUGUCACUCUGGGGACUAUUGAAACAAUUGAUACUGAACGUGGCUGGCAAUAUUUAAGUUGCAAAUACCACAGCAAAAAGUGAUGCCUACCACCAAUGUUGAUGCUGAUGGCCGGCCCUUGUUCUUCUGCAAUACGUGUGACAAAGAACACAGUGAUGUCAUUUCCAGGUUCAAAUUAAUUGCCCAUGUCAAGGAUGAUAGCGGUGAGGCUAAUUUUCUUUUGUUUGACGCUAAUGCUCAACAAAUUGUGCGUCAUUCUGCUGCUGAACUCUAUGAUGAGAAUGAAGAUGAAGACUUCUUACCAGAAGCAGUUAGCGAUCUCUUUGGUAAGAGAGUCCUUUUUGAGAUUUCAGUUGACGCUGAUAACAUUAAAGGAAAGAGCUCUCAGUAUGUGGUUCGAUUGGCUACUGAUGACCGUGAAAUGGUUGAGGAAUUUGCUGAUUUGCCUCCUAAACCGGUCCUAAUGUUGGAGUCCGCAUAUGAUAUUUCCUCUGGUUCUGGUGGUUUUACAGCAACUCCUUUGUCCAAAAGAAAAAGCGAACAAGAUGACGAAAGUUACCUUGAGGAUCAACACUCUGUUAACAAGAAACUCUCUCAAAAGAAACUCAAGGGCGAGUGAACUGUCUCUUUUUCAAAUGUUGUCCUUUAUAUUGUUUGCUUAACUCAUCAAAUUACUUACAAAAUUUAUUUAAUUUUUUGCAGGUUUCUAAUUGAAUUUGCUUUCUUUAUCGAGAAAUGUACUUCAUAAUUUAUAUUAUUUAUGGAUAAUAUUUUGAUUUUUAUUAUAUUUUCUUUUAAUAUGUGUACAUAAAUGUUUGUUUAUUAUUUAUGGGAAAAUAAUAUUAUUCACCUAAAAUAAAGAAUUACGAUACAUAUACAAUACAAUUCUAAUUAAUGAUAAUAUAAAAUAUGUUACUUCUAAAACUAUACACUUUUUAUUCCAUUUUUUAAAUGAAAGUAUCUUCGUAAACACACAAAAUAUUUUGUGACGUUGCAAUUAUACAUACACACAAUAUCUGCCUUCAUACUGACGUUACUGUGUUCCCUCUCGUGAGGUGUGGACCGAGAGGAAACACAUGGUGCGGGCCAGUCACGUUCUUAUGCCCGCACAGGGUGCGAACGGAUCACCUAGUAUAUAUAUAACAGGGCGGAUAACUCAAAUUCCCAGUUUAUAUUGACUGUGGCUAGUAAGUCAACUUUAACUCCUAUGCUUCUGAUUACAGACUCUCUCAACUGCACUACCUCCAAAAUUAUAGACUCUCAUCACAUUUAAAACCAACUAAAUGUCUUUUUAUUUUAUGAAAUUAAGUUUUUACCUUCUUUCUAAAAGAAUCGUUCAUAACGUCAUGCCAAAACAUGAGCUAAACGUCGCAUAUAGCAUGCAGAUGCGGAUGACUAUUUU